AUGGCUGCUGUGCCUGUGCUCUGCCACGUGGAGACUGCUGCAGCUGUAGUGCGGUGAGUCUUUGUCCUGACAUGGAGCAGCUAGCAUACAGCUCUACUGUGCGGUCAUCAUAACUGCACGUUUUCCAUCUCGUACAGAGGAAUUCUAUUCAUUUUGAUUAGAUCACACAGAGAUGGCUAAUGAGAUUCAUUAGAAAGGGGGUUUUGUGUGUCGUUGUAGCGACGCAACCUGCCCCACUGGAGUAGAACGACUCUGCCGUGUUUCUUUGUCUGCUCUGCAGUCGGCUAGUUUCACUGAAACGCUAGUUCCACUCCUGAAUGCCCGGAAUCGAAACGUUAGUCGGAGCAAACAGACAGACUGCCAGUCUGACCAGGGCAGGGCAGGGCAGGAGUCCCAGCAUGCUCCAGGGCAUGGCAUUGCAACGAUGACCUUCACUGUGCCCUCUGUCCUCCUAUGGCGGGGACUUUGUUAUGACUGGUGUGAGUUGUGAGACGUGGCAGAGAGGGUGACUGCUGCUGGGUGCCCGUUCAGAGUGGCACUGUAAUGAGUGCUCUCUGCCCGUUUAGUGGCUAAUCUCUUCAUUAUUCAAAACUGUCUAUUGCAAAGUUCCAGUCCGAACUGGGUAGGUAGCAACACUCGCUGGCCGCAUUCAUCAGUCAGCCAGUCAGUCCCAGCCAGUCAGUCAGUCCCAUCAGCCAGCCAGUCAGUCUCAGUCAGCCAGUCAGCCAGUCAGCCAUUCAGUCAGCCAGUCAGUCAGUCAGCCAUCAGUCAGCCAGUCAUUCAGCAGUCAAGCACCAGUCCGCCAGUCAGUCGCCAGCGUCAGUCAGCCAGUCCGUCAGCCAGUCAGCCAGUCAGCCAGUCCACCAGUCAGCCAGUCGUCAGUCCGCCAGUCGUCCAAGCAGUCGCAGCCAGUCAUCAGCCUCACCAGCCAGUCAGUCAGCCGUCAGUCAGCCAGUCCCUCCACCAUGCUUUCUUUUCUUCUGUCUUUUUGAAAAGGGGAUAAACCGGUCUGCUUGCGUUUAAAAAGAGCAGCUGUUAGUAGAGAGUUUUGGCACGAGCACGCUGAGCUCUCUACCCCUCGCAGCAUCUACAGAGAGAUCUGGACUACCCUGAAAGAGACCAUUCCUACUGGGCUGCUCAGGCCUUUACACACGCUAUGUUAUCUGCCAAAAGACACCCAAUAGAAAACCCUUAAAAAAAUACAGUGAAUCGUUUUUUUACCCACAAACUUUGUUCUUUCUUUCAGAGUCUUUGUAUGCUAUAAUGUUUUAGACAGGCUUCAAUUGUACAUUGGAUUAUGUAAACUUGUGGGUGGAUCACCCCAUGUACCUUUCCCAGUGAUGUAGAGGAUGAGUAACCACUGACAAGUGUGAAUAUAACCUCACAUAUGCUGCUCAGCACCACACAUAGAGUGACUGUGAUACCAUGUACUUUACAUCAGUGACUAACGCUCCAAAUGUUCAGCUCAGCUCUCUGGUCCAAGAGCCCUUUAUGGGAUGAUGAUGCUACGGUAGAUACAGGUCCUUCCCUGCUGCCUGCUCAUAGCUCGGACUCAGAUGUGUGGGAUGAUCCUCUGAUUCAGAUGGCCCUAGCUUAUUUCUGCCAUAUCUGUUCUUUAAAACGACCAAGGUGGUGAAACAUUUUUGUUAGCCUUUUCAUGUAAGAUAUAUGGUACUUGCAAAUGCACAUCCCAAACAUUAGUAUGGUGCCAUGGUUAAAAGGCAAUGGGGAACUGUACAGAGAUCAGAUACAGAAACCAGAAUCACAUUUCUUUACCUGGAGGCAGCUCUGCAGAGUGGUCACUAGCUGUCACAGCCACAAAGUCAUAAAAUCUGACUUUAAACAUAACCGUAACCUUAACCCUAACCACACUGCUAACCCUAAUGCCUAACCCUAACCUUAAAUGAAUACCAAAAAGCUAUAAAAAAAAUAAAAAAAAUAAUAAAAUAGCCAAUUAUGACUUUGCAGCUGGCCCAUCUAGCAUAAAUCGCUAAUUUCUGCCUCCAGGGCAAGAUUCAUGACAAUAAACGUCAACCUGUGUACAUAUCCUGGAGCCAGAGGGAAAGUGUCUCGUUUCCCAUUCUGUUAAAACACCCUGGUCAGAUCAGCAGCUCUCUCUGAUGAGAAAUUAUUCUCCAAAAUAUCACACAUCCACUGGGCCUUCUUAAUAAUAGUCCCUUACUGGCCUCUCUCAAGGGCACGGGCUGAAUGUAGGGUAGAUGACAGAACACAGACAGACGUACAGGCGGAGCAGCCUCCGCUCUACAGGAGACAUGUGCAACCGUUCUAAAUGUUUAGCCCAUUUAGUACAUACCAUUUAGUAUGUAGUGUAUGUUCAUAACUAAUGGCCUUAGUUUUAGGGUCACUGAAGGGUUGUAAGGCCUACAUAGGACAUGUACUACUGAGUAUACAGCAGAGUGAUUCUGUUCACCUGACAUUAAAUAUUGAUUCCCUGUUCGCUCGGGAACAUCCUACAUGAGGCUUGUGUUUCUGUUGCACCGUUCUCCAGUUUCUUUCAGUCUCUUAACACACACUUACAUACACACUCACACACACAGAGGGGCGGGGGGUUAACACACUCUCUGUGAGUGGGUGGGCUAAUCGAUAGUGAGGGCUGUAAUUGAUUGGGCUGGCCCGGCCUCUCUUCAUCUUGCAGAAACCAAACACCCUCUGGAGAGACAGGACAGGGGAGGCCUGGCUCAGUUUACUGCAUGUGAACCCCAGCACACCUGUGGUGCAUGGUACACUACUGUAUUAGAGGGAUGGAGAUGGAAAGUGAAACCCACUGCAGGGGAAUUUUACAGUAGCUAGAUGGUGGAAUGUUGAUGGAUGUAGUUACCACUUUGGUACUCUGUUAUUGAAAAGUCCUUUUUAGAUGUUCAUGCCUGAACUAAAAUAUCUUUUACCAAGUCCCCUUAGUUCUAUACUGAAUGAUCAUCAUUAUAACUCAUAGUGUUAUGUUUUUCCAAUGCCAGACUUCCCAGAGCUCACCACAACCAGCACCUAUCUACCACGGACCCUCCCUGACCUCUGUCACCAUGGAGCUGGACUUCGGCCAUUUUGACGAGCGCGACAAGCCCCGUACCCCACGGGGCGGGCGCAUGAAUGGGUUGCCCAGCCCCACCCACAGCGCCCACUGCAGCUUCUACCGCACGCGCACCCUGCAGGCCCUCACCAACGAGAAGAAGGCCAAGAAGGUGCGCUUCUACCGCAACGGAGACCGCUACUUCAAGGGCAUCGUGUACGCCGUGGCAGUUGACCGCUUCCGCACCUUCGACGCCCUCCUGGCCGACCUGACGCGCUCCCUCUCCGACCACAUCAACCUGCCCCAGGGGGUCCGCUUCAUCUUCUCCAUCGACGGAACACGCAAGAUCACCACCAUGGACGAGCUGGAGGAAGGUGAGCUCACAGAGGGUUGGGUGGUAGGGAAUGUGGGGGUCAUUAUGGAGGAAGGUGAGCUCACAGGGGGUUGGGUGGUAGGGGGUGGGGGUCAUUAUGGAGGAAGGUGAGCUCACAGGGGGUUGGGUGGUAGGGGGUGGGGGUCAUUAUGGAGGACGUUGAGCUCACAGGGGGGUUGGGUGGUAGGGGGUGGGGGUCAUUAUGGAGGAAGGUGAGCUCACAGGGGGGUUGGGUGGUAGGGAGUGGGGGUCAUUAUGGAGGAAGGUGAGCUAAAGGGGGGUUGGGUGGUAGGGAGUGGGGGUCAUUAUGGAGGAAGGUGAGCUAAAGGGGGGUUGGGUGGUAGGGGGUGGGGGUCAUUAUGGAGGAAGGUGAGCUCACAGGGGGUUGGGUGGUAGGGGGUGGGGGUCAUUAUGGAGGACGUUGAGCUCACAGGGGGGUUGGGUGGUAGGGGGUGGGGGUCAUUAUGGAGGAAGGUGAGCUAAAGGGGGGUUGGGUGGUAGGGAGUGGGGGUCAUUAUGGAGGAAGGUGAGCUAAAGGGGGGGUUGGGUGGUAGGGAGUGGGGGUCAUUAUGGAGGAAGGUGAGCUAAAGGGGGGUUGGGUGGUAGGGAGUGGGGGUCAUUAUGGAGGAAGGUGAGCUAAAGGGGGGUUGGGUGGUAGGGAGUGGGGGUCAUUAUGGAGGAAGGUGAGCUAAAGGGGGGUUGGGUGGUAGGGAGUGGGGGUCAUUAUGGAGGAAGGUGAGCUAAAGGGGGGUUGGGUGGUAGGGAGUGGGGGUCAUUAUGGAGGAAGGUUAGCUAAAGGGGGGUUGGGUGGUAGGGAGUGGGGGUCAUUAUUGAGGAAGGUGAGCUAAAGGGGGGUUGAGUGCUAGGGAGUGGGGGUCAUUAUGGAGGAAGGUGAGCUAAAGGGGGGUUGGGUGGUAGGGAGUAGGGCUGUAGGGCUGUGUCAGUAAAUUUUGCCAACCGGUUAUUGUCAUAUGCUAGAUUUAGAGUUAUUUGGCAGCUUUAGUUGUGAAUGAUACAAACCAUAAAAUGUCUUAGAAAUCAAAACAUAUAUGGGCUGCAUGAUGUGACUAAAUGCUAUUGAUGAUUUGAGAAAGUCGCAAAAAAAAGUUUGCGCUCUAUUCCUUGCCUCAGGCUGCACAUGCUGUGUGUUCGCUCAUCAAAUUAUCAUAUUUUCACCCAUCAGACUAUUCUCAAUUGAAUCUUGUCUUUACUAAUAUGUAAAAUUUGUCUCGAUUUAGAAUGGCCCAUUUAUCAAAUGGGCAAGAACAGGAGCAAGACAAAAAAGAUGUCUGGAAUAGCGAAUGGAGGCCACUUUCCCGGCAGUACGUUUUUCAGUCAUGUCGGGUAGGCUACUCCGGUAAUUUCGCUGCAGGACAGGUGAUAUUCCACCCAAACUGUGUAUGCCAUGGGCUCUCCAACCCUGUUCCUGCAGCUACCCAGUGCUUAAUUUGGGAAACCAAGUGAAAUCUGUUCGGCAACCUUGAUAGUAACGUUUUCACAAUGAAACAUAUUUCAUUAAACAGUUGACAGCUGGAGAAAGAAAUGAAGGAGAGAGAGGAGAUGGAAACGCAUGGUGGUGAGAUAUUCUAUAUAGCUAAAGGUAAUGUGCCAUCCAAUUAAUUAUGAAAAUGUAAAAAAUGCCCUAUUACUAGGCUAUUCAAAAUCAAAUACAAAAUGCACUAUAAAUGUAGGCCAAAUCUGAAUUUGUUUAAUAUAGGCUAGACCAAUUAUGUACCAAAGAUAUCUUAAAUCAGUAUUGUUUUAUGUGUUUCUGCCGUGUGUAAUAUGUGGUAGGCUAUGUAUUGUAUAAUGGCACAAUCAACAAAAAAAAUUGGUCUUGGGCUCAUAUACAGUAUACAGAGUGGGGGUCAUUAUGGAGAAAGGUGAGCUCACAGUGAGGUUGGGUGGUAGGUAGUGGGGGUCAUUACUUUAGCGUUAUUACAGGUUUAUAGACAUUUUUGGAAGUGUUUGUGCAUAGUUUCCUCUUUAAGUGAACCUUAUCAUUCUAAGGUCUGUUAAAACCUCUUAAGGAUCGUACCCAUUUUUUCAAUUUUCACCUAAAAUGACAUACCCAUAUCUAACUGCCUGUAGCUCAGUACCUGAAGCAAGGAUAUGCAUAUUAUUGGUACCAUUUGAAAGGAAGCACUUUGAAGUUUGUGGAAAUGUGAAAUUAAUUUAGGAGAAUAUAACACAUUAGAUUUGGUAAAAUAUAAUACAGAGACAUCAGGGGGUCAAACUGUGGAACCCAGUUUCUACAUUUGAAUAUAAAAAUGGAUUUUAUCAAACAAAAAUAUGCUACAUUUUAUCUCUGGGACCUUCAGGAUGACAAAUCAGAGCAAGAUUACUGAAUGUAAGUACAUUAUUUACCGUCAGAGGUGAAUGUGUGAAACCAGUUGCCGAGACAAAAGUGUUUUGUUUGUCAUUCUAUUCACAAAUCCCAUAUUGUGCAGCAACCGUCCCGGUAUAGGGACACCGAUCUCGUAGAGGUUAAUGUGAUCUAGUCUGGCUGGUCGCAACCGUCCCGGUAUAGGGACACCCAUCCCAUAGAGGUUAAUGUGAUCUAGUCUGGCUGGUCUAGCCGGCUGUAAUCUCUGCAUAUUAGAUAUGAUAAUCUGAUGGUUUACAGGGCGAUGGUGCAGUGGAAUAGUGUGCUAUGUUAGUUUACACAGUGUCCUCCAGAGACUCUGCCACUCUGCUAAACGCUGGUAGUUAGUGAGCAGCAGAAGUACAGUCACUUCAGUCAUGCUGUUAAAUCUCAAUAAUUCAUUACCAGUGAUUCACUCAGCGCCUCAGGAGCCACAGAGCAGCAGUCUCAGUAUGUCUGGAGCAGACUUAUGAUAGCAUCAGAACAUCAUCUAGACCAGAGGUUAUUAAACUUUUUCAGCUCGAGACCCAUGUGAGAAAUGUACUGUCCUCAAACGACCCAAAUGAAGUAGAAAUAGUCUGUGAAAAUAAAUGUUUACUCAAAACUCGCGACCCACCGCUCACAUGCCCAGGGCCCACUUUGCGUCCCAACCCAUAGUUUAGGAAACCCUGAUCUAGACUAACUCUCCUAAUAUGAGGAGCUGGUUUACCACCUUACCACCACUUUACCACCACUUUACCACCACUCUCCCUCAACGUGAUCAAGACAAAGGAGAUGAUUGUGGACUACAGGAAAAAAAAAGAGGACUGAGCACGCCCCCAUUCUCAUCGACGGGGCUGUAGUGGAACAGGUUGAGAGCUUCAAGUUCCUUGGUGUCCACAUCACCAACUAUCAUGGUCCAAACACACCAAGACAGUCGUGAAGAGGGCUCGACAAAGCCUAUUCCCCCUCAGGAGACUGAAAAGAUUUGGCAUGGGUCCUCAGAUCCUCAAAAAGUUAUACAGCUGCACCAUCGAAAGCAUCCUGACUGGAUGCAUCACCGCCUGGUAUGGCAACUGCUCGGCCUCCGACUGCAAGGCACUACAGAGGGUAGUACGUACGGCCCAGUACAUCACUGAUGCCAAGCUUCCUGCCAUCCAGGACCUCUAUACCAGGUGGUGUCAGAGGAAGGCCCUAAAAAUGGUCAAAGACUCCAGCCACCAUAGUCAUAGACUGUUCUCUCUGCUACCGCACAGCAAGCGGUACCGGAGCGCCAAGUCUAGGUCCAAAAGGCUUCUUAAUAGCUUCUACCCCCAAGCCAUAAGACUCCUGAACAGCUAAUCAUGGCUACCCAGACUUUCACUGUAAGUAAACAGACUUUCACCUGUUGUAUUCGGCGCAUGUGGCAAAUAACAUUUGAUUUGACUUUACCACCACUUUACCACCACUUUACUACCACUUUACUACCACUUUACCACCACUUUACUACCACUUUACCACCACUUUACUACCACUUUACCACCACUUUACCACCACUUUACCACCACUGUUCCACCACUUUACCACCACUUUACCACCACUGUUCCACUGUCAGUGUCCACCACUUUACUGAUUGCUUUAGUGCUCCUUGGGUCUUUUUGAAGGUUGAUGGAUUGUGAUAAUGAUGCAUACUACUGUCAUCAUGAUCAUCAUAGUCAGUAGGUUGGACACGGAUAGUGAAACAGUUUUCACAUGUAUGAUUUCUUCCUCCUCUCAUUGAUAUGCAUGGGGUAGUAGUCUGCUGCUCUCGUUGUGUGAAACCCUACACUGUUAUUAGAGAUUCUCACAGAGGCUUUUAUCCAGCCAGUGACUCUCACUGGAAUGUACACGUGGAAUUCUCCCCUCAGAAGUGGAGAGAGAGAGCAUUGCAAUGAGAGUGCUUGGCAGGAUCCAAAGCCGUAAUAGCUGCGUCUGCAUCCAGGAAUUAGAAAAUGGUUCCUAAACGGAGCCUGUUGUCCCAGUGGAACCAUCCAUCCAUCUGCCUGGAGGCUGGAGCACAGGCAGCAUUCUGUUUGAUGAGCAGACAGACGGGGUCUCAGCACCUCUCUUUGGCGUGAUGUAAUGUAACGUCUCCUCCUCUCAUUAGUGGGACUCCUCCACCUUUGAUGUGAUCGCUGAGUCUCAGACUCUUCAUAAUUAACCGUACAGGAGUCUUCCAGCCAGCUCAGCCAAUCUCCCUGAAGCAGAAUAUCAUGAAGACUGCUGGAUGCUCUACACACUGCCCUAUCUCUCCUGGACAAGAGGAACACCUAUGUGAGAAUGCUGUUCAUCGACUACAGCUCAGCAUUCAACAUAAUAGUCCCCUCCAAGCUUGACACUGCUCAAGGCCCUGGGUAUGAGCACCUCCCUCUGUAACUGGAUCCUGGACUGCCUGACAGCAGACCCCAGGUGGUGAGGGUAGUCAAUAACACCUCAGCCACGGUGGCCAUUAACACGGGGGGCCUCCCAGGGGUGCAUGCUCAGCCCCCUCCUGUACUCCCUGUACAUCUCUUACUCUGUUAUAUUAAUACCCCCCUCAACAGCAGGAGUGUCUGUUAUUCCUUCUUAUGGUUGCAACAGGACGUUAUAUUAGUGGGAACUUUCAAAGUUUACCAGUAAACUAACAGAAUUUUGGUAACUUUCAAGGUUUGUUUGGAAUUUUAUCAGAUGACAUCUAGUGGCAUUUUUGGGUACUUCAGAUUGUCACACAAGUCUGUAAUGAUCUCUGUCCCUCUGUGUGGCAUUGUCACAUGUAAAAUAUCUAAAAUAAUCAAACAAGAUGAUACAAAAAACAUUCUCCUAAAUAUAAAUCAUCAACUCUGUGAUUACCAUUGGUGUUUAAUAUUAUUUGUAAUUUCAUUUUUAUUUUAGUCAUUUAGCAGAUGCUCUUAUCCAGAGCGACUCACGGGAGCAAUGCCUUGCUCAAGGGCGAAGGUUUCAGCAUGAAAUAUCCUUUUAUAUAUAUAUAUUUGUACACACUUAUUUAUUUGUCUAUGUCAGUAUGACUUUGUUGUAAAUGUUUUGGCGCCAAACUGGUGGCAGUUGUGAAAAAAGUCAAUAGUUGAAAGAGUUGCAGAGUUAAUUGAAAAAAUGCCUUUGUUGAUUAGAUAAUUUUUUCAUUAAUUAGGCUAUUUUCUCUUGAACCAUAUGAUCUAUCCACUAGAAACUCAUGGACAAUAGGGACACAUAUAUAUACAGUGGGGAGAACAAGUAUUUGAUACACUGCCGAUUUUGCAGGUUUUCCUACUUACAAAGCAUGUAGAGGUCUGUCAUUUUUAUCAUAGGUACACUUCAACUGUGAGAGACAUAAUCUAAAACAAAAAUCCAGAAAAUCACAUUGUAUGAUUUUUAAGUAAUUAAUUUGCAUUUUAUUGCAUUUUAUUGCAUGACAUAAGUAUUUGAUCACCUACCAACCAGUAAGAAUUCCAGCUCUCACAGACCUGUUAGUUUUUCUUUAAGAAGCACUCCUGUUCUCCACUCAUUACCUGUAUUAACUGCACCUGUUUGAACUCGUUACCUGUAUAAAAGACACCUGUCCACACACUCAAUCAAACAGACUCCAACCUCUCCACAAUGGCCAAGACCAGAGAGCUGUGUAAGGACAUCAGGGAUAAAAUUGUAGACCUGCACAAGGCUGGGAUGGGCUACAGGACAAUAGGCAAGCAGCUUGGUGAGAAGGCAACAACUGUUGGCGCAAUUAUUAGAAAAUGGAAGAAGUUCAAGAUGACGGUCAAUCACCCUUGGUCUGGGGCUCCAUGCAAGAUCUCACCUCGUGGGGCAUCAAUGAUCAUGAGGAAGGUGAGGGAUCAGCCCAGAACUACACGGCAGGACCUGGUCAAUGACCUGAAGAGAGCUGGGACCACAGUCUCAAAGAAAACCAUUAGUAACACACUACGCCGUCAUGGAUUAAAAUCCUGCAGCGCACGCAAGGUCCCCCUGCUCAAGCCAGCGUAUGUCCAGGCCCGUCUGAAGUUUGCCAAUGACCAUCUGGAUGAUCCAGAGGAGGAAUGGGAGAAGGUCAUGUGGUCUGAUGAGACAAAAAUAUAGCUUUUUUGUCUAAACUCCAUUCGCCGUAUUUGGAGGAAGAAGAAGGAUGAGUACAACCCCAAGAACACCAUCCCAACCGUGAAGCAUGGAGGUGGAAACAUCAUUCUUUGUGGAUGCUUUUCUGCAAAGGGGACAGGACGACUGCACUGUAUUGAGGGGAGGAUGGAUGGGGCCAUGUAUCGCGAGAUCUCGGCCAACAACCUCCUUCCCUCAGUAAGAGCAUUGAAGAUGGGUCGUGGCUGGGUCUUCCAGCAUGACAACGACCCGAAACACACAGCCAGGGCAACUAAGGAGUGGCUCCGUAAGAAGCAUCUCAAGGUCCUGGAGUGGCCUAGCCAGUCUCCAGACCUGAACCCAAUAGAAAAUAUUUGGAGGGAGCUGAAAGUCUGUAUUGCCCAGCGACAGCCCCGAAACCUGAAGGAUCUGGAGAAGGUCUGUAUGGAGCAGUGGGCCAAAAUCCCUGCUGCAGUGUGUGCAAACCUGGUCAAGACCUACAGAAAACGUAUGAUCUCUGUAAUUGCAAACAAAGGUUUCUGUACCAAAUAUUAAGUUCUGCUUUUCUGAUGUAUCAAAUACUUAUGUCAUGCAAUAAAAUGCAAAUUAAUUACUUAAAAAUCAUACAAUGUGAUUUUCUGGAUUUUUGUUUUAGAUUCCGUCUCUCACAGUUGAAGUGUACCUAUGAUAAAAAUUACAGACCUCUACAUGCUUUGUAAGUAGGAAAACCUGCAAAAUCGGCAGUGUAUCAAAUACUUGUUCUCCCCACUGUAUAUAUAUAAAACUAUAUAUGAAUACAUUUUUAUUCAUAAUACAUAAGUUAUUCAAGUAUAAAUGACCAAAGUUACCAUAGAUUGCCAUAUAUUACCUGUUAAUUACUAAAGUUACAGAAUAUUCAGGUAACUUUGGUAAAUUACCGGUAGCUUUGCAACCCUAUUCCUUCUUGUUAGAAAGCUCAUAAAUGAGGUGGAAGUGGGUCUGUAACUAUAUAAAACAGUCUCUCCCAGGAAUGAAGUGAUGCACAGUCUGGGGAGGCUGACAGGUAGGCGGAGCUGAGCUUCCUCUCUCUCUCCAGACACCAGCUGGUUCCCUGUAUUGGGGAGAAUAACUGUUUCUGCCUGCCAGGAAAAAUAGAUCAUAUUGAGGCCUAUUAAUAGAAUAGAAAUAGAUCUUACUGCUACUUAGCGUUAUAAAACGUUUUAGAUUAUAUUAUGUUGCUAGCUGGGAAAUGAUCUAUGGUUGUUAAAAGGGAUGACUUGAGGAAAGAAAGAGAGCCUGCAUGUUUGGAAAAUAGAGUAAAAGCAAGGACAAGUGAAAAUAAAUAUGUGAAGGGCCAUGUAGUGAAGAGAGAAAGGAUAUAGAAGGCAAAAAGAGAUGUCUUCUAGUUUCAGUAUACAGCUGUUAGUUCACUACACUAUGCUAUUUGAAGUACAGCUUGCCAGUAAUGUACUCUACCUUUGGGUUCAUUACCUUGAGACCACACCCCUAAGAGUAAGAAAACCCUGUAACCUUAUACACUUCGCUCUGAUGCAAUUACUUAACUCUUCCUCUCGACUCGUAUGACCCGGGAAUUCAGUGUCCUCUGCCAGUGUUGGUUAAGACUCUCCCUCAACGCCAUCUGCCCAGGAGGCAGAGUUUUUCGAUUACACUCAACACCCUUGGCUAAUUGUGCUGUUCACUUCCCUGGAUACCCUCCCUCCUUCCUACUGACACAUCAACCAUUAUGUCUUAUCUUUCUACUCAUUUUUUUUUCUGACGCCAAUGAACAGGAACACAAAACAACAUGCCAAUUCAUCCGAGUGUGUAGCAGACGUAUUUUCCAAAAAGCUUGGAAGCCCUUGAGGGGGUGUUUCUAGGGAAGGGGGUGGGUGAGAGGGGAAAGGGGCUGAGAUUAUGCAAAUGGUACAAAGAGAUAAACCCUGGCUUAAUUUGAUCAAAAUGAGGUGAUCAUCUCUUCUUGCUUACUGCUUAGGAAAGAGAUGGGGCUUCAGGGGGGUGUCUCUAUGUCGUAUGUGUGGGGCGGCUGAGGCGCUCCAGAGGAGACCAUGUAUGGCAGCAGUGGCAUACUGCAGUUUCAUUUUACAUGUACUUUUUUGUCAUUUAGCAGAUGCUCUUAUCCAGAGCGACUUACAAUAGUGAGUGCAUAAAUUUUUUCGUAGUGGUCCCCCGUGGGAAUUGAACCCACAACCCUGGCAUUGCACGUGUCAUGCUCUACCAACUGAGCCCCCCCUGCAAGAUCAGAAACAUUUGUAGUUUUAUAGCUACUCUCAUGCUGUUCUACAUAUUUUGCAAUGAGGCUGAGAAAAUUGUGGAUUUUUUAAGAUCAUUACCUGCAAUUCUACACAUUGGCAUGUGCAGUUUUUUUUGGCGGGCAACCAUAGAGAUCCUAUAAAAUUACUAGGGGCUAUGUCAUAAACCCUUGACGUUCCAGAAUGGGGUGAAAAUGACAGGCAUAUUGGUCAGGGAGAAAUCCAAACUAGUCUAAUUGGAAUUAAUGGCAGUAGAGGCAUAAUCCUGGUUUUCUUUCCAUGCCAAAGGAAAAUUAAACAAAGGCAUGUGAUAUAUCAGAAAUUCUAUAAUAGAAUAAUUGUCAACCUAAAAUAUUGUCAUAUAAUCAUAAAUACAGUUCUGUAUGAAUAGCCUCUAAAAUAUAUGUAAACAGACCAUAAAUAUCUCAAUUUUUGUUUUCUUGGAAAGCUGAGAGUGCUAUUAUAUGAUACAAUAUCAGUACUUGUUGCAUUUACAACUUGUCUAAGUCCUAUCAUCUACUGAUUUCAGCCAGUGUAUGGCUGUGGAUUGUCUGCAUUGUUUCAAUGGAAAGUUGGCAUAUUGGUAGUUAAUUUGAAACAUUCAUGAAAUAAUUCCUCUAAAACUGUCUGGAUAGCUAGCUAACAAACAUACAGUGCAGAUAAAUUCUUCAAAUGUAUUAUUUUACACUAUCUUAUCACAGCACUAGCAAACCACGGUCGACCAACUCCCUGACCAAAAUGGCUGACCUUUAUCCCAUCAUAAGAAGGUGUGUGGUACACCAGUGUAUGGUACAGCAGGGAGAGUGAGUGUGUUUGUGUUUAUGUGUGUGUGUUUUUGCAUGAGCGAGAGUUGGUGUGUGUGUGUGGUGGCAGGAAGAGGGCAGGUCCUCCUCUUACAGAGGAUAAUGAACUCCUCUGCACUGUAUUAUCCCCCACUGUCCUUUGUCUGGUGCUGCAGUGGCACAGGGAGGGAGCCCCAGGUUGAUGGAUGUCCUCUGGAUCUCUCUGGCUCUCCCUGCCUCCAGGAGAGCGCCUCCACACUGCAGUGUCUGACUGUCUGGGCAACAUGAUGCAGGAGAGACCAGGGAGGGACACAUGGAAAUGAAGGAGAGAUGGGUAGAGAAAUGGAAGAGAGAUGGAGGGUAUUAUGAAAAACAGAUAGAGUAGCAGCCAGCCACCCCCCAUCCUCUUUCUCAUUUAGGUCACUAACAGUGCAAGUAGGGAAAGGAUCCCAGACUGUUGAAGAAGGCUUCCGCAUGCUUCGGUUCGGCUGGCGCCUUGCCAGCCGAACCGAUAAGGCGAACCGAACGAGUAUGCUCGCAUAUUCCCUUAAAAGACCUUUGCUUGAAAAACGAGAAAAAAUAGUACUGUUUGUGCAUCUUGAGACGGCGUAGCCAGUAUACACUUCCUCAAAAUAGUCCAAAUUAAUCUAAGAUAACUCAAGAAAUCUGUUAUUCAUUUGGACGUUUUUGCCGAGGAGAUCUUAGUCGCACAAUCCAACUAAGAUGUUAAUUGCAGUAUUUCUCCCCAAAAAUUUUUUUGCAUGAAAACGAGUCGUCUUUUGUUGAAUGACAACAAACACUUAAUUGAAGAAUCCCUACUGUUGACCAAUCACCGACGAAGGGGCGUAGACCUUUUGUGUGCACGGAAAACCCCUUGCCAAAGACCAAAACGAAUACAAACGUCACAAAAUGUUGUCAUAAUAUAUACACAAACUGUUUUGGAUGGGAAGCAUGCGGACGCCUUUAGAGGAAGGCUUACAUGAUCCACUAUUAGCCUGAGUUACCUGCCGCACCACCUUACAGGCUUCUAGAUCUUACUGUACGGUACUGUACGAGUCAGAGAGCUGGAGCUCAGCCCAAGCUGACAGGCCACCCAUGCAGAAGGCUUAGGCUUAGUGGGACUGGCUGACUCUUACGAUCUGACCGUAGGAGAAAUCAGGACCUGCUUACCUGGAUGGAAGUGUUGAGUGUUGCCAUUCACACUGUUGCUGGGCAGUAUGCCCUACUGUAUAGACUAGCUCACUUAUAAUAGUGAGAUGUAGCAGGCAGUUUUCUGCUAUCCUACUACUGAAUCUUAUAGAUCUGAUGAAAGAGAUAUAAAUAAAAUAUUUCUAGGUGCUGUGAGUAAGCGGUGCACUCUAGGUAGAUGCUGUCAUAAUACUCUUUGAAAAGCUGUCUCUGCUGUCUCUGCACUUUUAUACAGGACAGCCACAGUUUCAGAUGGAGGGUUCUCUCUCACACGUGCUAGCGUAAUUUAUUCACUUUCCAUUGGAAAAACAUCUGUAGAAAUAUACCUAUAAUACUGUACGUUGGAUCUCAUGACACAACAUAUCAUGAUUUCUAGCACCACAUGUAGGAAGACUUCUAGUAGAAAUUCAGAUUAGUAUUUCGGCUAGACAUGAAUAUUAUAUUAUAACAGCGUUUUGAUGCUCAAAGAGCUCAUUUUAGACUUAACUUAUUCAUUUGCUUAGCCAAAGUCAUCAAAAUUCCUUUAUGCGUUCUCCAGGGAUGAACAUGCUACAGAAGGCUAUGUAGCUAUGAUCAUGUCUCAGUGACAGCACUGGCUGUGCCUUCUCUGUGUGCUGUUUGGAACAAAUGCAGAGAAUGUAAUGAGUAGGUGGCAGGGUAACCUAACGGUUAAGAGUGUUGGACCAGCAACCGAAAGGUUGUUGAUUCGAAUCCCCGAGCAGACUGCGUGAAAAAUCUGUCUGUGCCCUUGUGCGAUGCACUUAACCCUAAUUGCUCCUGUAAGUCACUCUGGAUAAGAGCAUCUACUAAAAUGUAAAUGUAGAGUGAUCCAUAAUAAAUACAAAUCACUUUGUUUGAGUGGAUGCAGACAGUACACUGUGAUGUAACAAUAGUGCCAAUGUCCUAAUAUUAAUUGUAUAUCGUUUCUACUCGUCUAGUUGUGGGUUAAUUUAAAUAGACCAACUAAUUAUGAGAGAUCUUGCUGGUCACUGGAUCCCCUGGUAGCACAGCUCUGCUGUUUGCCCUGUCCUCUGGUGUGUCAUUGCUCCUCUGGUCCUCCUGUCCUCUGGUGUGUCAUUGCUCCUCUGGUCCUCCUGUCCUCUGGUGUGUCAUUGCUCCUCUGGUCCUCCUGUCCUCUGGUGUGUCAUUGCUCCUCUGGUCCUCCUGUCCUCUGGUGUGUCAUUGCUCCUCUGGUCCUCCUGUCCUCUGGUGUGUCAUUGCUCCUCUGGUCCUCCUGUCCUCUGGUGUGUCAUUGCUCCUCUGGUCCUCCUGUCCUCUGGUGUGUCAUUGCUCCUCUGGUCCUCCUGUCCUCUGGUGUGUCAUUGCUCCUCUGGUCCUCCUGUCCUCUGGUGUGUCAUUGCUCCUCUGGUCCUCCUGUCCUCUGGUGUGUCAUUGCUCCUCUGGUCCUCCUGUCCUCUGGUGUGUCAUUGCUCCUCUGGUCCUCCUGUCCUCUGGUGUGUCAUUGCUCCUCUGGUCCUCCUGUCCUCUGGUGUGUCAUUGCUCCCCUCCUCUGGUGUCAUGCUCCUGGUCCCCUGCCUGGUGUGUCAUUGCUCCUCUGGUCCUCCUGUCCUCUGGUGUGUCAUUGCUCCUCUGGUCCUCCUGUCCUCUGGUGUGUCAUUGCUCCUCUGGUCCUCCUGUCCUCUGGUGUGUCAUUGCUCCUCUGGUCCUCCUGUCCUCUGGUGUGUCAUUGCUCCUCUGGUCCUCCUGUCCUCUGGUGUGUCAUUGCUCCUCUGGUCCUCCUGUCCUCUGGUGUGUCAUUGCUCCUCUGGUCCUCCUGUCCUCUGGUGUGUCAUUGCUCCUCUGGUCCUCCUGUCCUCUGGUGUGUCAUUGCUCCUCUGGUCCUCCUGUCCUCUGGUGUGUCAUUGCUCCUCUGGUCCUCCUGUCCUCUGGUGUGUCAUUGCUCCUCUGGUCCUCCUGUCCUCUGGUGUGUCAUUGCUAUUCUGGCACCUAGCUACUGUAGCUCUCAUCACCAGCCUGAUGAGUUUUCUCUCCCAGCUCUCGCUCCUGCAGAUUCCAUCUAUCUUUCUCUGGUUCGCUUCCUCUCUCAGUGACAGGGAUCAUCAGUCUAUCCACUGACUGUCCUGUCUCUUCUCUCUUCUCCUCCUCUCUUCUCCUUCUCCUCUCCUCUCCUCUCCUCUCCUCUCCUCUCCUCUCCUCUCCUCUCCUCUCCUCUCCUCUCCUCUCCUCUCCUCUCCUCUCCUCUCCUCUCCUCUCCUCUCCUCUCCUCUCCUCUCCUCUCCUCUCCUCAGCCUCUAAACGUUACGCUCGCUUCUCCUCUCCCCUUUAGGGUCAUGUGGUGUGAAUAGUUAUACCUAAUUUCCACCCCCUUUCAUGUACUUAGUCUCUCUGUAUAUCAAAUGUUUAUCCCUGACUCUCUUAACUGGAGGGCAGUAUAGGCGUCAUCCUGUCACUGGUCUAUAGAGAAGACCUAUAGCUGGCCCUGGUGUGAUGAAAACUCUGAUCCACAGUGACAGGUCCCGUUACACCUCCUCCUACAGCACAGUACCAAAGGUCACAGUAGAACCACCCUGCUCUUACAGGUCACAGUAGAACCACCCUCCUCCUGCAGGUCACAGUAGAUCCACCCUCCUCCUACAGAACACUACCUACAGGUCACAGUAGAACCACCCUGCUCUUACAGGUCACAGUAGAACCACCCUACUCCUACAGGUCACAGUAGAACCACCCUGCUCUUACAGGUCACAGUAGAACCACCCUCCUCCUACAGGUCACAGUAGAACCACCCUCCUCCUACAGGUCACAGUAGAACCACCCUGCUCUUACAGGUCACAGUAGAACCACCCUCCUCCUACAGGUCACAGUAGAACCACCCUCCUCCUACAGGUCACAGUAGAACCACCCUGCUCUUACAGGUCACAGUAGAACCACCCUCCUCCUACAGGUCACAGUAGAUCCACCCUCCUCCUACAGGUCACAGUAGAACCACAGGUCUUCAUGAUCAGUGUUUUUAAAACUAGGACAAAUUGGAGAGCAUUACCACACCUAGGAUCUAAGAUAAUUCCAUCAGCUGAUGUUAAGAACUUGAUGCACCCACUAAGAGGACCAUGUCAUUGUCACCGUGUGUUGAUGCAGGUGACCCUAGAGUGCAGGUAGUGGAGUGUGAGUGAUGUAACAGGAAGUGCAGAGUAUGAGUAUGGACUAAUGCUUCAGCUUUCUUCACAUUGCUGUAUUAAAGUAUGGUGGAGGAGUACUCAUGGAGUGAUAUGGCAUUACAAUAUUGUAUGUUCUGUAUGUGUUUCAGCGAAUGGGGGGGGGGGGGGGGGGGGGGGGAGCGAGUGAUCACGUUGGGGUCCGUUUUUCUUUAUUAGUCCGUUUUCUUGAUUGCUAUUCCAUCACUGUCUGGCGUAUCUCUGACAGAGCAGUCUCCUCCUGCUGUUUAAUGAUUGGGGGAGAGUUCAGUGCACAGGUCACCAUGAUUUGGAUUAGGUUAAUGGAGAUGCUAUAGCAAUUACAGACAGAGUGGAAGCACACGUCACUGGCUCGUUUUAGAAACUUCUGGGAAAAUAACUGCUAGCUUGCCAACACACUAUCAGAUUCAGUAGAGCUAGAUUGUCCCGCUUGAGUAUGAGGGUGUUUUUCUGUCCUCCUCAGAAGUUUAUCUUGAAUCCAUGCAUUUAGAUCAGAUGUAGUGGGGAUGCAUAGUUUACAUGAAGAUGUGUUUGUAUUUUCUCCCUCACGAAAGUCUAGAAUAUGAUCUGCCAUUAUGUGAUAUCUGAGCUGGUUAUCCUACAGAUUUUAACUCCACACCUCUUCUCCCAAUAGUACUGAUGUUUCACAUUACAUGGGUUCCUGUUGAAGCAAAUAUUUCCUCAGGGAGUGUUGAUAAAAAAAAUAAAAAAAAGUGAAAUAUUUCAUAUUCCAUUCGGCAUCCUCUCUUUCCUCUCACCCCCUCAGGUGAGAGCUACGUCUGUGCGUCCGAGAACAUCUACAAGAAGGUUGACUACACAAAGAACGUCAACCCCAACUGGUCUGUGAACGUGAAGGCCUCGGCCAGCCAGAAGAACCUGCAGAGCCUGGCCAGCAAGCAGGCCAGCGAGGCCCGGGAGGGUAAGGAGUUUGUUCGGCCCAAGCUGGUGACGGUGAUGCGGAGUGGCGUGAAGCCUAGGAAGGCCGUCCGCGUGCUGCUCAACAAAAAGACGGCGCACUCCUUCGAACAGGUGCUCACCGACAUCACAGAGGCCAUCAAGCUGGAGAGCGGCGUGGUCAAGAGGAUCUACACACUGGACGGAAAGCAGGUAGGUCACACAUUCACACACAUUGGCACACCUCAACGCCCAGUUCACCUCCAGAAUGCUAGUUGGACUCAGAUAGAAGUCAGACUAAGGUCACAUUCAGCUCUACUACCUCCAAGUUAUUAUACAAACAUCUGAAACAAACAUGAAUCAAAAAUAUACAUAAGAAGUCUCUUGUGUUUAGUUCUGUCACUGUUCAAAUUGAGAGGCAUCCUGACAAUAACCUAUACUAUGGUUUGUUUUGUUGUCCCUAUAAGGUAGUUUCUAUUGAGACUCUAGGGAAUAUCCAAACUGGAAUAAGAGGAUAAAAGCUGGAAUAAGUAAAGAGUAUGUUUAAAUACUGAUGUGAUUUCAAAUCAUUUAAAGAAGAGAAUGAAGUCAUGCUAUGUCAUCCCAAAGACGUUUCCUAUUACCACAGUAAGGUCGAGCUCUAGAUGCUGUGUAGAGAAACCAACCGCUCCACAGCAGCACCAGGAUGUGAAGUUGAGUCCAUGGGUCGGGGGCGACUCACUGACAAGAUGCAACUCUCAUCUGUUUGUUGAGACACACUCACACACCCACCCACCCACCCCUGACCUGACUAAGCAGCCCACCAGUUGGCUGAGGUGGGAUACUUCAUCAGAAAUGUGGCAGAGGGCUCAGAUCAAAGUGCAGCUUCUUCAGAGAGCUGGACUGACAUCAGAAACUCCCACAGCGAUCCAUUGAUCAGUCAGUCAGAAAGGAAGGCAGACAGACAGAAAGAGGGAGGCAGGAGAUCGUCUCCCUUGCUGCCUUGGCUCCCAGGUCUCUACCAGACCUGCAUGGACACAUCCAUAUAGGCUAGUUACUGUUAAUCAAUAUGUGAAUAGACUCUGUUUCAUCAUGAUCUUCAUGACUCAGAUGAGAUAGAAUAGACCGCUACAUCCCAAACAUGAAAAGAACAUUGCCUAUUACAAAGGGUUGUAAUGCUCCAUAAUGUAUAUGAAUAUUUAAAUGGACAAUAUCCAAUGAAUCUAUUUACACUGCCAGGAGGCCACUCAAAGUGCAGCAAUUAGCAGCUGUAAAGACAAAUGGCCAGCUGUCCGUAGGCUCAUAAAGCAGCUUUACAGGCUUUAGGUAGAAUAGAGUAGUAGAAAUGGAGGUAAUGACAGUGUGAGGGCUCCUCUGAGAGUUUAAAGUGCCUCUACCUCAGCAGCAAGCCUCAGCCCUGGUCUGGCCUGGUCAGCCCGAGACACACAGAGGACACAUCAGGAGGCACAAGCAACCCUGAUGACCUGACAUAUAGAGAGAGGACUUCAUUACACCCACGUCCUAAAGUGUGUUGGCAGUGGUAGAGCGGAAUCUGAUUUAAAAAGAUAGCAUUGUUGAUUUCAUAUCCUUGCUGGGAGCAAAAGACAAUUCUGCCCCGUCAUAAUGCAUCGGACCCUGUUCAUUAGAUUGUCCUCUUCUCCUCUCCAGGCUGUCCAACACUACUCAGUGCUGCAAGAGGCCAGGCUAAAUUAGGCUCCAGUACUAUAGACCCAGUCCAGGCCUUGCCAGGCUGAGUGUUUCCAGCUGGUCCUCAGGCCCACCUCUUUGAUAUGGUUAAACUGACUGCUAAUCCCCCAUGUCUGGACCACUCUGAUUGUAUGAGUCAUCAAACACGCAUCUGGGGCCACGGUCGGCAGGCUAACUAAGGAAAUCCCCCUCUCUCUCUCUCUCUCUCUCUCUCUCUCUCUCUCUGCCUUUGUGGAGAAGUCAGAUCUCCUCUGCUUUUUUGUUCUCUCUUUCUUUUAGUUCUUCCUUAUUCUUCCUGUUAAUAACGCCCAGAUCUUAGUCAGCAGGGUUUAUCUGAGGGCAGAACUGCAGUGUGGAGAUGGCAGGCUGAUUUGACUUUAAUUCCCCACCCUAGGGCCUCACUGUAUGGCUGCCCCAUGUCACUGUCUCAUAGUACGCCCCUUGAGAUUUCUGUCACUUUUAGCCUAGGCAGCGUUGUGUAUUCUUUGAGGUAUAAGGCCAGCUGUGGAUCAAUAUGGAUAGCAACAUGCUGGACUUAUGUCUGUGCGUGCGUAUAUGCAUGUUUGUGUGUGUACACAAUACUGUACAGGAUUUAUAUUUACAUUCAGUCUCACAUGAAGUCUGAUCAGCAUAUUUCACUGACCCAGUCUGGAGUGGAAAAACAGACCCAAACAGACCCGUGCCGGUUCGGAUCCGAGAGACCCGCUCAGAUCCGAGAGUAGAAAGAGAGCGCAAACGAAACCUCCGACCGGGCGCUGGCAGCGCCAUCAAUGAAUUAGCGAAAGUGAUCCACAGUUACGUGUCGUUAAAUACUGCCUAUAACAAAUGGAAAAUGUUUUGUGUAGGUGUGUGCCUACACAAUAUCCCCAUAAUGACAAAGUGAAAACUGGUUUUUAUAAAUGCACAUUUAUUAACAAUAAAAACAGAAAUAUCUUAUUUACAUAAGUAUUCAGACCCUUUGCUAGGAGACUCGAAAUUGAGCUCAAGUGCAUCCUGUUUCCAUUGAUCAUCCUUGAGCUGUUUCUACAGCUUGAUUGGAGUCCACCUGUGGUAAAUUCUAUUGAUUGGACAUGAUUUGGAAAGGCAAAGUGCAUCCUGUUUCCAUUGAUCAUCCUUGAGCUGUUUCUACAGCUUGAUUGGAGUCCACCUGUGGUAAAUUCUAUUGAUUGGACAUGAUAUGGUCCCACAGUUGACACUGCAUGUCAGAGCAAAAACCAAGCCAUGAGGUGGAAGGAAUUGUCCGUAAAGCUCCGAGACAGGAUUGUGUCGAAGCACAGAUCUGGGGAAGGGUACCAAAAAAUGUUUGCAGCAUUGAAGGUCCCUAAGAACACAGUGGCCUCCAUCAUUCUUAAAUGGAAGAAGUUUGGAACCACCAAGACUCUUCCUAGAGCUGGCCGCCCGGCGAAACUGAGCAAUCGGGGGAGAAGGGCCUUGGUCAGGGAGGUGACCAAGAACCCGAUGGUCACUCUGACAGGGCUCCAGAGUCCCUCUGUGGAGAUGAGAGAACCUUCCAGAAGGACAACCAUCUCUCCAGCACUCCACCAAUCAGGCAUUUAUGGUAGAGUGGCCAGACAGAAGCCACUCCUCAGUAAAAGGCACAUGACAGCCCACUUGGAGUUUGCCAAAAGGCACCUAAAGGAUUCUCUGACCAUGAGAAACAAGAUUCUCUGGUCUGAUGAAACCAAGAUUGAACUCUUUGGCCUGAAUGCCAAGCGUCACAUCUGAAGGAAACCUGGCACCAUCCCUACGGUACAGCAUGGUGGUGGCAGCAUCAUGCUGUGGGGAUGUUUUUCAGAGGCAGGGACUGGGAGACUAGUCAGGAUCGAGGGAAAGAUGAACAGAGCAAAGUACAGAGAGAUCCUUGAUGAAAACCUGCUCCAGAGCGCUCAGGACCUCAGGCUGGGGCAAAGGUUCACCUUCCAACAGGACAACGACCCUAAGCACACAGCCAAGACAAGGCAGGAGUGGCUUCGGGACAAGUCUCUGAAUGUCCUUGAGUGGCCCAGCCAGAGCCCGGACUUGAACCCAAUCGAACAUCUCUGGAGAGACCUGAAAAUAGCUGUGCAGCGACGCUCCCCAUCCAACCAGACAGAGCUUGAGAGGAUCUGCAGAGAAGAAUGGGAGAAACUCCCCAAAUACAGGUGUGUCAAGCUUGUAGCGUCAUAUACAAGAAGGCUCGAGGCUGUAAUCGCUGCCAAAGGUUCUUCAACAAAGUACUGAGUAAAGGGUCUGAAUACUAAUAGUAAAUGUAAUAUUUCAGUUUUUUAUUUUUAAUAAAUUUGCAAACAUUUCUAAAAACCUGUUUUUGCUUUGCCAUUAUGGGGUAUUGUGUGUGUGUGUGUGCAGCUUGAUGAUAAUUAAAUUUUUUUAGAAUAAGGCUGUAACGUAAAAAAAAAUGUAAGGUCUGAAUACUUUCCAAAUGCACUGUAUAUAGACAAUGAAUAGCAAUAUAGUUUGAAACUUAUUUAGAGCAAAAAUGUUAACUAAUAGGCCUAGGUCUAUUCGAGGAGAGAAGCAUUGCUCAAUCCUCUUGCAUGCUGAAUGGCUUAAAAAUAGGCUACUGUGUUGGCAAUGAACUGGUGUGUGAUGAGGUGUAAAUGACAGAGUCAGGCGCAGGAGGUAAAACACCGAAAUCCAGAGUUUAUUCAGUGUGCAUGAAUAAAGCGCAGCAAGCGUCAUAACGAAACUAGCACAAGGGAAAAAUCCACCUUGGCUACAUACAAGGAAAUAGUAGCUCAACUGAGCUACUCACUCUCACAAUGAACAAUCACUUACAAAGGACAAGGGGGCAGAGGGAACACUUAUACACAGACUAAUGAGGGAAUGAGUACUUGGUGUGUGUGUGACAAGACAAGGCAAAUGGAGUGAUGAUAAAUGGAGUGGUAGUGGCUAGUAAGCCGGUGACGACGAACGCCGAAACCUGCCCGAGCAAGGAGGAGGGGCAGCCUCGGCUGAAUUCGUGACAGUACCCCCCCCCCCCCCCCCCCUUGAUGCGCAGCUCCAGCAGCGCGCCGACACCGGCCUCGGGGACGGCCAGGAGGACGUGGCGCAGGGCGAGUCGGAUGGCGAUGAUGGAAUUACCUCAACAGAGAGGGAUCGAGGAUAUCCCUCACCGGGACCCAGCACCGUUCCUCCGGACCGUACCCUUCCCACUCCACGAGGUACUGAAGGCCCCCCACCCGGCGCCUCGAAUCCAGUAUGGAACGGACAGAGUACGCCGGCGCCCCCUCAAUGUCCAAAGGAGGUGGAGGGACCUCCCGCACCUCAGACUCCUGGAGCGGACCAGCCACCACUGGCCUGAGGAGAGACACAUGAAACGAGGGGUUAAUACGGUAAUCAGGGGGGAGUAAUAACCUAUAUGUGACCUCGUUGAUUCUCCUCAGGACUUUGAACGGCCCUACAAACCGCGGGCUCAGCUUCCGGCAGGGCAGGCGGAGGGGCAGAUUCUGGGUCGAGAGCCAGGCCCCGAUCCCCCGGUACAAAGACGGGGGCCUCACUGCGGUGACGGUCAGCGUUGGCCUUCUGACGACGCACGGCGCGUUGGAGGUGAACAUGGGCAGCGUUCCAUGUCUCCUCCGCGCGCCGAAACCAGUCAUCCACCGCAGGAGCUUCGGUCUGGCUCUGGUGCCACGGUGCCAGAACCGGUUGGUAACCUAAAACACCCUGAAAUGGCGUUAGGUUCAUAGAGGAGUGGUGGAGAGAGUUCUGGGCAUAUUCUGCCCAUGGCAGGAACACCAACCACUCCCCCGGCCGGUCCUGGCAAUAGGACCUCAGGAACCUCCCCCUGUGGUCCUCUGUAGCUCAGCUGGUAGAGCACGGCGCUUGUAACGCCAAGGUAGUGGGUUCGAUCCCCGGGACCACCCAUACACCAAAAAAAAUAAAAAUAAUGAAUGCACGCAUGACUGUAAGUCGCUUUGGAUAAAAGCGUCUGCUAAAUGGCAUAUUAUUAUUUAUUAUUAUUAUAUUUUCCCACAUCCUGAUUUACCUGUUCCACCUGCCCAUUACUCUCAGGGUGGAACCCAGAGGUCAGGCUGACCGAGACUCCCAGACGUUCCAUGAACGCCUUCCAGACUUUUGACGUGAACUGGGGAUGUCGGUCAGACACUAUAUCCUCUGGUAGCCCGUAGUGCCGGAAGACGUGUGUAAACAGGGCCUCCGCAGUUUGCAGAGCCAUGGGGAGACCGGGCAGAGGAAGGAGGCGGCAGGCCUUCGAAAAGCGGUCCACAACGACCAGGAUGGUGGUGUUCCCUUGAGAGAGAGGCAGAUCAGUUAAAAAAUCAACACUCAAAUGAGACCAUGGUCGUUGUGGAACUGGUAAAGGUUUUAACUUACCCGCUGGGAGGUGCCUAGGUGCCUUACUCUGGGCGCACACUGAGCAGGAGGAAACAUACACCCUCACGUCCUUAGCCAAGGUAGGCCAUCAGUACUUUUCGGUCAGGCAGCGCAAUGUACGACCGAUACCUGGGUGACCAGAGGAGGGUGACGUGUGUGCCCAGUAGAUCAGACGGUCACGGAUAAGCGCAGGCACGUACUGCAGCCCAGCUGGACACUGUGGUGGAGAUGGAUCUGUGCGUAAUGCCUGCGCUAUAUCCGCGUCCAUCGCCCAUACUACCGGCGCCACAAUGCAUGAGUCUGUCAGUAUGGGGGUAUUGUCUCUGGGCCUCUCCUCUGUAUCAUACAGCCAGGAUAGUGCGUCUGCCUUCACGUUCUUCGUACCCGGAAUGUAUGACAGUGUGAAAUCAUACCGGGUGAAGAAUAGGGCCCACCUGGCCUGGCGAGGGUUCAGCCUCCUUGCUGCCUGAAUGUACUCCAGGUUACGGUGGUCCGUCCAGACGAGGAAUGGGUGUUUCGCCCCCUCGAGCCAAUGUCUCCACACGGUCAGUGCUCGGUCAACAGCCAACAGCUCCCGAUCACCAACGCCGUAGUUCUGCUCCGCCGGGCUGAGCUUCUUUGAGAAGAAGGCACAGGGGCGGAGCUUGGGUGGCGUGCCCGAGUGUUGAGACAGGACUGCUCCCAUCCCAACCUCGGACGCAUCCACCUCCACUACGAACGGUAGUGAUGGAUCGGGGUGGGCAAGUACCGGGGCCGAGGUGGACAGUUCCCUCAGGUUACUGAAGGCCCUGUCAGCCUCAGCAGACCACCGGAGCCGGGACGGCCCACCCUUCAACAGAGAUGUAAUGGGAGCUGCGACCUUGCCAAAGCCCUGGAUAAACCUCCGAUAAUAGUUGGCGAAGCCAAGGAAGCGCUGCACCUCCUUUACCGUGGUUGGAGUCGGCCAAUUACGCACGGCUGCAAUGCAGUCGCCCUCCAUCUCCACACCUGUGGUAGAAAUGCGGUAUCCGAGGAAGGAGACGGACUGCUGGAAAAACAUACACUUUUCUGCCUUAGCAUAAAGGUCAUUUUCCAACAGUCGGGCCAGUACUUUGUGAACCAGGGACACAUGCUCGGCGCGCAUAGUGGAAUACACCAAGAUGUCGUCGAUGUAGACCACUACACCGCGACCAAGCAUGUCCCGAAACACCUCGUUCACAAAGGACUGGAAGACUGAGGGAGCAUUCAUCAAACCAAAGGGCAUCACCAGUUAUUCAUAAUGCCCCGUGGUUGUGCUGAAUGCUGUCUUCCACUCAUCUCCCUCUCGGAUACGCACCAGGUUGUACGCAUUCCUGAGAUCUAAUUUAGUGAAGAAGCGCGCUCCAUGCAAUGACUCAACCACUGACGGAAUGAGGGGGAGAGGAUAACUAAAUCUAAUCGUCUCCUUGUUCAGUGGUCGAUAGUCAAUGCACGCGCGCAGACCGCCGUCUGUCUUCUUCUCAAAAAAGAAACUCGAGGAGACAGGUGAAGUGGAGGGACGUAUGUACCCCUGGCGCAGGGACUCGGUGACUUAUGUCUCCAUAGCCUCCGUCUCUCUGCAUGCGACAGGGAAUACACAUGACUCCUGGGAGGUACAGCGUCUACCCGAAGGUUUAUUGCGCAAUCCCCCGCCCGAUGAGUAGUUGCUUUAUUCUUUUUAUGAUUUAGUUGCUUUAUUCUUGGAGAAAACUUGUGCCAGAUCAUGGUAUUCGGGGGGAAUGCGCACGGUGGAGGCACCGUCUGGACUUUCCACCCUGGUUGCACCAACGGAAACAGCCAGACACCUAACCUGACACUCUCGCGACCACCCUGUGAGAACCCUCUGUGGCCAUGAGAAAGUGGGGUUGUGGAGUGCUAGCCACGGAAUACCUAACACCACAAGGAAAGCAGGAGACUCAAUGAUGGAAAAAGUGACCUGCUCACAAUGAGUCUCCUGUGUGAUCAUGGUGACUGGUACCGUGACAUCCUUUGUCAACCCGGACCCUAAUGGUCGACCAUCAAGUGCUCUGAUGGGGCGUGGAAUGGAUAGGGGAACUAAUGAAAUGCCCUGGCGGCGUGCAAAAGUUUUAUCCAUAAAGUUCCCAGCUGCGCCUGAAUCUACUAGCGCCUUACACUUGGGAACUCUCAUGUAAUCAGGGAAGUAUAUGGGUAUGGUACAGUGCACAGCAGAGGGCACUGAACAAGUGUGGGUGCUCAAUACCUGGGGUGAUGCGAGAGUGCCCUGCCGGCCGCCUCCUGACCCAAAAGAGCGCUGAUGACAACGUGUGGUAGAAUGUCCCUUCGUGCCAUCCGAUUGGCACUGGCGCUGUCGUCUUCCGCUCUCUCGGUGCGCGGUACCACCCAGCUCCACGAGCUCUGGAUCCGCGUUGGUCGGGGCGGGAAAGGGCAGACCUCCUCCAGGACGUCCUCUGGUUGCCAGCAGGUUAUCCGACGAAUUGCCAUGUCCACCAGUUCGGUAAAAGACAAACUGGUGUCAUGGCAGGCUAGCUCCCGUCGGACGUCCUCCCGUAGAAGGCACCGGAACUGGUUGAUCAGGGCCCGCUCGUUCCACCCGGAUCCUGCUGCCAGAAUCCAGAACUCCAGCACGAACUCCUGUCCUGUCCUCGUCCCCUGCCUCAAGUGGACCAGCUGCUCACCCGCCUCUCGACCCUCAGGUGGGUGAUCAAAAACGCCCGAAAUAGGCGGGCGAACUCACUGUAGUCCUCCAACGCGGCUCCUCCUUCUCUCCAAACCGCGUUGGCCCACUCCAGGGCUUUCCCCGAAAGGCAGGAAAUGAGGACAGACACCUGCUCUCGAUCUGAUGGCGCCGGCCUGACACUGGAGCAGUACAGCUCCAGUUGGAGAAGGAAUCCCUGACAUAGAUCCGGCAUCCCAUCGAACGCCCGUGGUCGAGAUAUCUGGAUCCCUCCGGGUGCUGUGAUGUAGGUGGCUGGAUCCGGUUGGCCAGCUGGUCUCGACGGAUCGGUUCCUCUUCUCUCCAGGCAUUGAACGACCUGAAGAACCCGAUCCAUCGCUUCCCCCAAGCUGGCCAGCAUAGUGGAAUGUUCCUGGACCCUUGCCACUAUUCCAGGCAUGCGCUCCUCUCCUGCUGACUCCAUAGGGGUGAGUGAUUCUGUGAUGAGGUGUGAAUGACGGAGUCAGGCGCAGGAGGUAAAACACAGAAAUCCAGAGUUUAUUCAGUGUGCAUGAAUAAAGCGCAGCAAGCUUCAAAACGAAACUAGCACAAGGGAAAAAUCCACCUUGGCUACAUACAAGGAAAGAGUAGCUCAACCGAGCUACUCACUCUCACAAUGAACAAUCACUCACAAAGGACAAGGGGCCAGAGGGAACACUUAUACACAGACUAAUGAGGGAAUGAGUACCAGGUGUGUGUGAUUGACAAGACAAGACAAAUGGAGUGAUGAUAAAUGGAGCGAUAGUGGCUAGUAAGCCGGUGACGACGAACGCCGAAACCUGCCCGAGCAAGGAGGAGGGGCAGCCUCGGCUGAAUUCGUGACAGUGUGAGAAAGUUUGAAUGGCGACGUGUAGCGUAGCUCUGGUGUGAUGUGAUCACAUUGGCCAAAUUGAUACCUUGCUGCACUGAUGCAUUGCAAACGUAAAAAACAGGCAGAGAGAAAUGUAUUAAUUAAUCAAUUCACACAACAAACUUGUUCCAAACAAAUAAUUGAGGGAUUGUGGCAGGACAAUAUUUCGCAAUUGGUGUGAACGGCAUCAUAAACGAGAAAUGUGCUCGUAUUUUUGUUUCUCAGAAUUGUUCUGACGAAAAUAACGUACUUGGUUAGAAAGGGCCUUUACCGAAAAUAGGCCUUUUACAACAUUAAAUCAUGACGGGAGCGUUUGAUUCUUAUUAAAGAGAGAGUCCAGACAUGCUACUUUAGGGAACUUUCUGAAUGGACAUAGGCUAUAGACUGAGAGAGAGAAUCAGCGAACCAGCUUAUGUCAGACACGAGCAAAUAUGUGUCCUUUCCUUAAAACGUAUUAAAAAACCUAGGCCUACCUUAGGCUUUCUGAAAGUAGGCUAUAAGAUAAUGAAUUGACAAGGACAGUAUGAAGGGGAGAGAGACAAUCCAUUAAAAUAGAAACAAAUACACGCAACAUGUCCUAAGCCUAUUUAUCAGCGUUGGUUAGUCUAUAAAUGUAAGAAAAUAUUCCGUAUCAAAUCAUACCAUGCCAGGUUGGAUAGGAUUGGUGCAUUGUCCAUUUGACACAACAUUAGCACAUUAUAGGCCUCAGAGCCAGAACAACCUUGUCGACUGAUGUUGAAUAAUUAAUGAAUAGUCAGACCUUUUUUAAAAGAAGACCAAUUUAUUUAUUUACUAGAAAGCAUUGAAAAUGUGCAUUGUAUAAAAGAAAGUCCACACAAUUCUUUUUAAACUGAAGUGCCAUAGCCUGUAGAUAGGCUAGUGCUUCUACGCCCCCGGGCGGAUAGCUGCUGGAGCAUCAAACCACCGUUGGAAAGAGGAGAUGUAGACAGUUUAAAAGACAGACUAAGUUAGCAAAAUAAUUGCUUAUAAUCAUUAGUAAACACUCCUGCGAUUAGGUAAAGUGUAUCUACAUGAAAAUAAAGUUAAUAAAAUAAAAUAAAUGAAUGUAGGCCUAUUUAAACGAUUUUGUUGGUUAUUUUAUUUUCAUGGCGGUCUUCAUCCCGUCAGCUACACUGUUAUUCAAGUAAUAAUAAUAAUAAUAUGCCAUUUAGCAGACGCUUUUAUCCAAAGCGACUUACAGUCAUGCGUGCAUACAUUUUUGUGUAUGGGUGGUCCCGGGGAUCGAACCCACUACCUUGGCGUUACAAGCGCCUUGCUCUACCAGCUGAGCUACAGAGGACCACCACAUCCAUACCUGCAUGAGAAGUACAGUAAUAAUAUGCCAAACCUCUUUAGCGUUUAUACAAAAUGGGGAUGUUUUUCCUGAAUGAGAGGCGGUGUCAGCUUAAAGGCACUAGACCUUCUUUUGGUUUGAAUCUCAGAUCUGUUGUCUCUCUCUCUGUCUCUCUCUUUCUAUCUCUCUCUGGGUCUCUCUUCUCUCUUUUUCUAUCUCUCUUGUCUCUCAUGUAUCUCUGUCUCUUUUUUAUAUCUCUCUGUCUUCUUUCUUUCUCUGUUCUUCUUUUCUAGUCUCUCUGUUCAUUUCUUUCUUUCUUAAUCUCUAUCGUCCUCUCUGUCUCUCUUCGUCCUCUCUUUAUCUUCUCUCUCUCUUCUGUCUCUAUCUCUCUCUGUCUCAUGCUCUCUUAUCUUCUAUAUCUAUCUACUCUUCUUUCUCUCUCUCUCUCCUCUCUCUUUCAUCUCUAGUUCUACUUCUCUCAUACUAUCUCUCUGUCUCUCUUUUCUAUCUCUCUUCUCAUCUAUCUCUCUCUCUUCUUCGUCUCUCUCUUGCUCUCUCUUCUAUGCUCUUUCUCUCUUCUCUGUCCUCUCUUUCUAUCUCUCUCUGUCUCUCUGUCUGUCUCUACUUUCUCUCUCUCUUCUCUCUCUCUCUCUCUCUCUCUGUCUCUCUUUCUCUCUCUCUCUUUAUCUCUCUGUCUCUCUGUCUCUCUAUCUCUCUCUGUCUCUCUCUUUCUAUCUCUCUCUGUCUCUGUCUCUCUGUCUUUCUCUUCUCUCCUUUACUGCUAGGACUGUUGCUGCAUGCUAUGAAUGUUUAAAUAAGAUGUAUUUCACACACUGAUUUUAAUGCUGGCUGUAUGAUUGCAUGUGCCAUAUGUACAAUACAGUUUGAUGUGAUAUGAUUGUACAUGUCAUCUGUUAUUAUAAUAUUUUACAUCAGUGAAACCCACACGUUUGCCUUUGGUCUGUGUGUUACCCAGUACGCUCUUAAACCCACAUGGCUCUCAGAUGCCAUAUUGUGUAGCACUAACAAACACACUCUAACCAUGUGUUCACCAGCCUAAUCAAAGUGUAUUAUAAUAUACAGUGUGUGUGUGUCUGUCUCAGAAUGUGUCUCCAGUCCGGAGGUUCAUUGUAAUGCACAGACACGUAGGGUUCACCUCCGGUUCUGGAGUGAUGAAACAGCGAUGAGAGUAGUAUUAGGGCUCUCUUUGUGUGCUGAAGCAGGCGAGGCAGGGUGGCUAAGCUAGCUGCAAACUGCAGGCGAGGCAGGGGUGGCUGCAUACUGCAGGCGAGGCAGGGGUGGCUGCAUACUGCAGGCGAGGCAGGGGUGGCUGCAUACUGCAGGCGAGGCAGGGGUGGCUAGGCUAGCUGCAUACUGCAGGCGAGGCAGGGGCGAUGUGCUGCUGGUGAUAUGGUAGGGGGAGUCUUGAUGCAGUGCCAGCCCCUCCCUGAUCCUGCACCGUUCCUCCUCUUCCCAUUCCACACACCGACAGCUGGUGUGACUGGUUGCUAGGUGACCACAUCCGAAGCACAAAGAGAGCCCAGCUGGUGUGGACUGGUCUAUCAGUCACCACAUCCUCUGUGUGUGUGUGUUUCAAUAUCAGCUGCCAUGUAUGCAGUGCUUGACUUGGACUGAAAUAGGUGUCAGUACUCAUUUUGGGUGCAGGUACUGUUUAUAUUUAGCUGCACAAUACUUUUGAGCUAAUAUUCUAUAAGAGGAACAGGAGCUCAAGCAGUAGCUAUACAAUUUGAGGUGCUGGUACUCAGCUCCGGUGAGCUCCUGCCCAAGUCAAGUACUGCAUGUACAGUGGGGAGAACAAGUAUUUGAUACACUGCCGAUUUUGCAGGUUUUCCUGCAUGUAGAGGUCUGUAAUUUUUAUCAUAUGUACACUUCAACUGUGAGAGACGGAAUCUAAAACAAAAAUCCAGAAAAUCACAUUGUAUGAUUUUUAAGUAAUUAAUUUGCAUUUGAUUGCAUGACAUAAGUAUUUGAUACAUCAGAAAGGCAGAACUUAAUAUUUGGUACAGAAACCUUUGUUUGCAAUUACAGAGAUCAUACGUUUCCUGUAGGUCUUGACCAGGUUUGCACACACUGCAGCAGGGAUUUUGGCCCACUCCUCCAUACCUUCUCCAGAUCCUUCAGGUUUUGGGGCUGUCGCUGAGCAAUACGAACUUUCAGCUCCCUCCAAAGAUUUUCUAUUGGGUUCAGGUCUGGAGACUGGCUAGGCCACUCCAGGACCUUGAGAUGCUUCUUACGGAGCCACUCCUUAGUUGCCCUGGCUGUGUGUUUCGGGUUGUUGUCAUGCUGGAAGACCCAGCCACGACCCAUCUUCAAUGCUCUUACUGAGGGAAGGAGGUUGUUGGCCAAGAUCUCGCGAUACAUGGCCCCAUCCAUCCUCCCCUCAAUACGGUGCAGUCUUCCUGUCCCCUUUGCAGAAAAGCAUCCCCAAAGAAUGAUGUUUCCACCUCCAUGCUUCCCGGUGGGGAUGGUAUUCUUGGGGUUGUACUCAUCCUUCUUCUUCCUCCAAACACGGCGAGUGGAGUUUAGACCAAAAAGCUCUAUUUUUGUCUCAUCAGACCACAUGACCUUCUCCCAUUCCUCCUCUGGAUCAUCCAGAUGGUCAUUGGCAAACUUCAGACGGGCCUGGACAUGCGCUAGCUUGAGCAGGGGGACCUUGUGUGCGCUGCAGGAUUUUAAUCCAUGACGGCGUAGUGUGUUACUAAUGGUUUUCUUUGAGACUGUGGUCCCAGCUCUCUUCAGGUCAUUGACCAGGUCCUGCCGUGUAGUUCUGGGCUGAUCCCUCACCUUCCUCAUGAUCAUUGAUGCCCCACGAGGUGAGAUCUUGCAUGGAGCCCCAGACCAAGGGUGAUUGACCGUCAUCUUGAACUUCUUCCAUUUUCUAAUAAUUGCACCAACAGUUGUUGCCUUCUCACCAAGCUGCUUGCCUAUUGUCCUGUAGCCCAUCCCAGCCUUGUGCAGGUCUACAAUUUUAUCCCUGAUGUCCUUACACAGCUUUCUGGUCUUGGCCAUUGUGGAGAGGUUGGAGUCUGUUUGAUUGAGUGUGUGGACAGGUGUCUUUUAUACAGGUAACGAGUUCAAACAGGUGCAGUUAAUACAGGUAAUGAGUGGCGAACAGGAGGGCUUCUUAAUGAAAAACUAACAGGUCUGUGAGAGCCGGAAUUCUUACUGGUUGGUAGGUGAUAAAAUACUUAUGUCAUGCAAUAAAAUGCAAAUUAAUUACUUAAAAAUCAUACAAUGUGAUUUUCUGGAUUUUUGUUUUAGAUUACGUCUCUCACAGUUGAAGUGUACCUAUGAUAAAAAUUACAGACCUCUACAUGCUUUGUAAGUAGGAAAACCUGCAAAAUCGGCAGUGUAUCAAAGACUUGUUCUCCCCACUGUAUGUACUGUAUGUUCAUUGUACACUGUCUGGGUACGUGUGUGUGUGCUUUGCAUAAGCAUUUGACAGUGUGUGUAAGAGCGAGCGGGAGAGUCAGAUGCAUGGGGCCAGCUAAUUGCAUGUUAUAAUAUGGCAAUUAGUCCUUGAAUGCAGACUUCACCACUGUUUAUUGCUAUGUGAAGAUAUAGCACCCCCCCCCCCCCCCCCCCCCCCCCCCCCCACCCCCCACCAGCCGCCGCACCCCUCCUUCGCUGUCAGUGAGCAAAUCGCCCCCAUUUUCCCCUCAACAGCCUGCACAUCCAGACCCAAGGAGAACAGUGGCGGGGUGAUGGGGUACAGGAUGCAUUCUCCAGUUUAAAAGACAGAAAAUUGGGAUCUGUUUUAUAUUCACUGCAGGAGAUAAUUAUUCCCUGUGUCUAAAAAGCUGGAGUGAAUUCCUUCAUUCGCCCUCAGCGUCUUUCCAGGGUACAUUAGGGAGGAGAGACUUAUUUUCCUGGCAGCCAUUUUGUCCGUAUUUCUUCCUAAUAGCUGUGUUCAUGGUUGGCUCAUAACAGCAAGUUCUGGCAAAUUGUCGAUCAGAUUCUUUGUGACUUACACCACAAUCGUUUUCUAAUAUUUGCUGUAUUGGGAGUAGCUCUCCAAUCUUUCUUGAAAUCAUCUAUUCAUUAAAGGAAGUGAUGAGUACACUGUAUUAUAGCCCUCUCGCUUUAGAAUGUUCGUUAUUGCAUCAAGGUCCUGAGCUGAGCUUGUCCAUAUGUCUUGUAAACGAAUUUCCUACAAAGAGGCUCUAUAGAUGCUAAUUAGCACUCAAUUCAAUCUCAUACAUCCAUGUUCCCUGCACAAGGUCAUGCUGCAAUUGUCUCAGCACAAUAGACCCCCCCCAUCCAGUUUGGCCAGUGAAUCACAGUGGAUAUUCACAAAAUAGGACAUUGUACGAUUUAGGUACGUAUGCUUCAUGUUUAAAUGUUCCCAGUUUGAAUACCUGAAAAACUGCCUUUCUCUGGAUAUUGCAGGGUUCUUUCUGUCUGCUCCUCCGAUCAGGGGAGGGUUUGCAUGGCAUGCAGCGGAGGCGGUUGUCAUGGCAAUUUACUCCACAGUGAUGGACUCCGUGUCUGUGACAAUGGCUGUGCAGCAAAAUACGCUGAGUAUGCUCUUUACAUUCUGUAACGGAACUAGCCGCAGAACUCUUAACCUCUCACCUACCCCCAACACACAUUCACAUUCACAAUCAUUCCUUCCUCCAACCCCGCCUCGCUGGUACAGGAUUUGAGAGAGAGCGAGAGAGAGAUGGAUGAGCUGACCAAGGGGCAUGGCUCAAAUGAUAAAGCAUCCUGACUGAACAGACAUUGCUGCAGGCAUCCGGUGCUGCCCUCACCCCCCACCCCCAUAUCUAGCCCACAUCAACAAGUGACCACAACCUGGGUGUAUGAGCAGAAUAAAUCUAAUAACACCAGAGCCACAUCGCCAGCCUGGCUGUCUCCAUGGAGAUUUCAUGGAGGCAGCAGUGUGUGCCUCGGAAGCAUUUGGAGCCCAUUAGUGACAUCACAGCUGUGAUGUGUGACCCUGGGGGCCUCUGGAACAUCAGGCACCAGCUGGCCCCCAUAACUCUGCAGAUCUGACUGCCCGGCUGACUGCCCGGCUGACUGCCCGGCUGACUGCCCGGCUGACUGACUUCUGUUUUACUACUGCUGCCCUCAACACCGUUGAAGCACCAAGCAUGGGCCAAUCAGAGAUCUGUAAUAGGUACAGGAUACACAUGGUCUACACCGUCCAAUGCAACAACAAAAAUAAAUAAUAAAAAAGAUAAGAACACGAACAUAAAGUAAAUAAAAUAAGCAUUUUAGCAUCAGUAUAAUACAGGAAGGCACAAUUUAUAGUCCAAUAUUUACCCGUGUUUUUGGGAAGGGGGGAUUGGGGGGCAAGUGUAGCUGGUGCUUAAGGAAGAAAGGUUAAUGGUGAUGACUGUUAAGACCAUGUUUAAUUAUAGUGGUACUGACCAGUGGACAGAUAGUAACGACAAUGUAGUGAUUUGAGCAUGGUUGGUCUGUGUGGGUGUGGGGCAGGGCCAAAAGCCAUGGUUGUGAAAUACCAGACCCAAGAAUGUUGUCAUUACACAUCCUAGUCUUCUUCCUUUUCCCCUGGUCUCCCUGGGUGGUCUGCACUCAACAGUUCUCUCCUGUCCCUGAGUCUGUGAUGAUUGUGACCACUCCUUACGACCUACAUUAUUUCUCCUUAUAUGGAAGAAAACAAGCUGGAUAUAAAUCAGAACAUCUCCUCUAGACUUUUUAAUUGGAUAGAUAACAAGGCUAGAAAUAAAGAAUGCGAAGCGAGGCAUUCUGCAAGACCAGACUCAUGACCCAGUAAACCAUCUGAAGGCAUAUCACUUUGUUUUGUCCCCCGCAAACAACUGUCAUUAUUUGAACAAAAAUAUUUUUUUCAGGGAUUUCUUUGACUUGUGUGUAUUUAUUUUGAGUACUAUGCUGGGAAUGUUUCAGUGUCAUUACAAUCUCAACCUAAAUAAAUCCUGGCAGCCUCAGUCCUCUCUGGUCCCUCUCUGCCUGAUGCUCUCUGCCUGAUGCUUCCUGAUACACAGGACCAACUAAAUUACCAGAGUGCACAAGGAGAGAGGGAUGGGAUGGGGGAGGGAGGAUGAUAUGCAGUCCUUGGUACUGACCCUGUUCCCAACCUCCCUAACACACUCUUCCAGGCUCUACCCUACUGCCACUCUGUACCUCUACAUAGAGAUAAGGAUAGGAGUUCAUUUGACCUCACCAGCAAGAGGCUCUUCAGUCAGAGAGAGAAGGUCCAAUAUCCACCUUGUCAGGGCGUGUGUAGGUGUGGUGUAGGAAAUCAGAUGCAGGACGCAGACGGUAGGUUCCAAAAGCUGUAUUCCGACCCAAACACAGGCAACAGGGCAACAAAGCCCAACAGCUAAACUACGCCCAAGGCGUGUAGGCAAAAUGCGCACAAACAGGUGCGACAAAAUAUGUAGUGCACGAAACAAGUGCAAACGAGCUCCAGCGCAGUGGAGAGAAAUAUGCUCAACCGAGCAAACACGACACUGACGAAAACAAUCACACACAACACAAGACAAACACAACGAGAAACUUAUAGGAUACUAAUCACGUAAAACAGAAACAGGUGUGACACAAACAGACAAAAGCAAACGAACAUGAAAACAUAAAUCGGUGGCAGCUAGAAUUCCGGAGACGACGAACGCCGAAGCCUGCCCGAACAAGGGAGAGAGGCAGCCUCGGCCGAAACCGUGACAGUACCCCCCCCUUGACGCGCGGCUCCAGACGCGCGCCGACUCCGGCCUUGGGGACGACCCGGAGGCCGCGGCGCAGGGCGCGUCGGAUACCCCCGAUGGAAUUCCGUCAGGAGCGACGGGUCCAAGAUGUCUCUCCUCGGCACCCAGCACCGCUCCUCCGGACCGUACCCCUCCCACUCCACUAGAUACUGAAGACCCCCUCUCCGACGUCUAGAAUCCAAGAUGGAUCUCACGGUGUACGCCGGUGCCCCCUCGAUGUCCAACGGGGGCGGGGGGGUCUCCAAGAUCUCAUGUUCUUGGAGCGGGCCUGCUACCACCGGCCUGAGAAGGGACACAUGGAACGAGGGGUUAAUACAUUUAUACUCCACUGGCAACUGUAAUCUAUAACAAACCUCGUUCAACCUUCUCAGGACUUUAAAUGGCCCUACAAACCGCCGACCCAGUUUCCGACAGGGCAGGCGGAGGGGCAGGUUUCUGGCAGAGAGCCAGACUCGAUCUCCAGGUGCGUACACAGGCCCCUCACUGCGGUGUAGGUCGGCGCUCGUCUUCUGUCGACGUAUGGCACGCUGCAGAUGGACGUGUGCAGCGUUCCACGUCUCCUCCGAGCGCCGCACCCACUCAUCCACAGCGGGGGCCUCGAUCUGGCUCUCAUGCCAUGGUGCCAGAACCGGCUGGUACCCUAAAACACACUGAAAAGGGGUUAGUUGGGUGGAGGAGUGGCGAAGAGAGUUCUGUGCCAUCUCAGCCCAGGGCACAUAUCUCGCCCACUCCUCCGGCCGGUCCCGGCAGUAUGUUCUGAGAAACCUGCCCACAUCCUGGUUUACGCGUUCCACCUGCCCAUUACUCUCCGGGUGGUAACCCGAGGUGAGACUCACCGAGACCCCCAACCGCUCCAUAAAAGCUCUCCAGACUCUGGAGGUGAAUUGGGGACCCCGGUCAGCCACAAUGUCCUCGGGCACCCCGUAGUGCCGGAACACAUGAGUGAAUAGUGCUUCGGCGGUUUGUAGGGCAGUAGGAAGACCCGGCAUGGGGAGCAAACGACAGGCCUUAGAGAACCGAUCCACAACGACCAGGAGUGUAGUAUUCCCUUGAGAGAGGGGAAGGUCAGUUAUAAAAUCCACCGAGAGGUGGGACCAUGGUCGUUGUGGAACGGGCAGGGGUAGUAACUUACCCCUAGGCAGAUGUCUAGGCGCCUUACACUGGGCGCACACCGAGCAGGAGGAAACAUAAACCCUCACAUCCCUGGCCAACGUAGGCCACCAAUAUUUGGCACUAAGACAGUGCACUGUCCGGCCGAUACCCGGAUGUCCAGAGGAGGGUGACGUGUGAGCCCAAUAGAUCAAUCGAUCCCGACACUCGAGCGGAACAUACUUCCGACCCUCCGGGCAUUGUGGUGGACUAGGGUCGGUGCGUAAUGCCCGCUCGAGCUCAGAAUCGAGCUCCCACACCACCGGUGCCACUAGACACGACUCCGGCAGUAUGGGAGUGGGCUCCACGGACCUCUCCUCCCCGUCAUACCGCCGAGACAGUGCAUCUGCCUUACCGUUUUGUGACCCAGGGAUGUAGGUGAUCUUAAAAGAGAAACGGGUCAAAAACAUACUCCAUCUAGCCUGUCGAGGGUUCAGCCUCCUCGCUGCCCGGAUGUACUCCAGGUUACGGUGGUCCGUCAAAAUGAGGAAAGGGUGUUGAGCCCCCUCAAGCCAGUGCCUCCACACCUUAAGGGCUUGGACCACAGCUAACAGCUCCCUGUCCCCUACGUCAUAAUUUCGCUCCGCCGGGCUGAGCUUCUUGGAAUAGAAGGCAACGGGGCGGAGUUUAGGUGGCGCGCCUGACCGUUGGGACAGCACGGCGCCAAUACCGGCUUCAGACGCGUCCACCUCUACCUGAAAUGGUAAAGAGGGAUCCGGAUGCGCCAGCACCGGAGCCGAGGUGAACAGGUCCUUCAGCUUCUUAAAAGCCCUGUCCGCCUCGACUGACCACUGCAGACGCACCGGGCCCCCCUUUAAGAGAGACGUGAUGGGAGCUGCCACCUGCCCAAAACCCCGGAUAAACCUCCGGUAGUAAUUCGCAAACCCCAAAAACUGCUGCACCUCUUUCACAGUGGUUGGUGUUUGCCAAUUACUCACGGCUGACACUCGGUCUACCUCCAUCUUCACCCCUGACGCAGACAACUGAUACCCCAAGAAGGAAAUCGACUCCUGGAAAAACAGACACUUCUCUGCCUUCACAUACAGGUCGUGCUCCACCAGCCUCCGCAACACUCUGCGCACCAGGGCCACAUGCUCGACACGGGUAGGUGAGUACACGAGGAUGUCAUCUAUGUACACCACCACUCCCUGUCCCUGCAUGUCCCUGAAGAUCUCAUCCACGAAUGAUUGGAAAACUGACGGAGCAUUCAUCAACCCGUAUGGCAUGACGAGAUACUCGUAAUGGCCCGAGGUGGUACUAAAGGCUGUUUUCCAUUCAUCAUCCUUCCUGAUGCGCACCAAGUUGUACGCGCUCCUGAGAUCUAAUUUCGUGAAGAAACGCGCCCCAUGCAACGACUCAGUCAUGGUCGCAAUCAGCGGGAGUGGAUAACUAUACUUCACCGUAAUCUGAUUGAGACCACGGUAGUCGAUGCACGGACGCAACCCCCCAUCCUUCUUCUUCACGAAAAAGAAACUCGAGGACGCGGGGGAAGUGGACGGCCGUAUGUAUCCUUGUCUCAGUGAUUCGUCUAUGUAAACCUCCAUAGCUUUCUUCUCCUCCUGAGACAGAGGAUACACAUGACUCCGUGGGAGCGCAGCUCCUGCCUGAAGGUCUAUCGCACAAUCCCCCUGCCUAUGGGGUGGCAAUCGCGUCGCCCUCGCCUUACUAAACGCGAUAGCCAGAUCCCCAUACUCAGGUGGAAUGUGCAAUGCGGGCACCUGGUUUGGACUUUCCACCGAGGUAGCCCCUAAGGAAACGCCCAAACAUCUACCCACACACUGAGUAGACCACUCCUUCAGAGCCCUCUCCUGCCACGAAAUAACGGGGUUAUGGGUACUUAACCAGGGCAUGCCCAGCACCACCGGAUACGCAGGAGAGUCAAUCAGAAACAGUUGUAUUAUCUCCUGAUGACUCCCCUGCGCACACAUCCUAAGUGGCGCCGUGACCUCCCUGAUUAAGCCCGUACCCAACGGACGACUAUCUAGGGCGUGAACGGGAAAAGGAACUUCCACAGGGAGAAGGGGAAACCCUAACUCUAAACAAAACUUCUUAUCAAUGAAAUUCCCAGCCGCGCCUGAAUCUACCAGCGCCUUACACUGGGAAUGAGGUGCCACCUGCGGAAAACACACAGGCAUACAAAAAUGGGCAACAGUGAGCUCUGGGUGACUGGGGCGCCUACUCACCUGGAGGGAAUCCCCAGUGCGGGACCUGUCGUCAUCUCCCCGAGGAGGCCAUCCCCAGCACCUAGCCGCGGUGUGUCCUCCCCGACCACAGUUGGUGCAGUGGAUGGACCCCCUACUCUGCCGACUCCUCCUACCUCUAGCGCCAGCGCCCCCGAGCUCCAUAGGACACGGCUCGGGUGCGCUGGAGGAUGGAAUGGACGGACCCCCCUCAGGACGUCCGCGGGUAGCCAAUAGGUUAUCCAACCUAAUUGACAUGUCGACCAGCUGGUCGAAAGUGAGACUGGCGUCCCGACAGGCCAGCUCCCGACGGACGUCCUCUCUGAGGCUACAUCGGUAGAGAUCGAUGAGGGCCCGAUCAUUCCACCCUGCAUCUGCCGCUAGAGUACGGAAUUCGAGUGCGAAUUCCUGGGCACACCUCCUCCCCUGCCUAAGGAAGACCAGACGCUCCCCCGCCGCUUUCCCCUCCGGGGGAUGGUCGAACACCGCCCUAAAGCGGCGGGAGAACUCGGUGUAGGUAAUGGUCGUGGCGUCGAUCUUCCUCCACUCCGCGUUGGCCCACUCCAACGCUUUACCGGCCAGGCAGGAGAUUAGGGCGGACACGCUCUCAUGCCCUGAAGGUGCCGGAUGGACUGUGGCCAGGUACAGCUCGACCUGGAGCAAGAACCCCUGACACCCAGCCGCUGUCCCGUCGUAAGCCCUCGGGAGAGAUAGACGGACUCCUCGAUGUUCCGGUGCUGGAACGGGCGGGCUGGCCGAUGGUGCUGGCUGGGCGGGCGGUGGUGGAGGCGAACCCCAGCCUCGGAGUGUGGAAAUAACCUCCUGCAGGGCGUUCCCCAUCUGCAGGAGUUGCUCCUGCUGAUCCCGAACCUGGGCUUCCAGUCUUGUCUGGGCUGCUUCUGCUCCUGCUGAUUCCAUGGGGGGUGUGUGAUUCUGUCAGGGCGUGUGUAGGUGUGGUGUAGGAAAUCAGAUGCAGGACGCAGACGGUAGGUUCCAAAAGCUGUAUUCCGACCCAAACACAGGCAACAGGGCAACAAAGCCCAACAGCUAAACUACGCCCAAGGCGUGUAGGCAAAAUGCGCACAAACAGGUGCGACAAAAUAUGUAGUGCACGAAACAAGUGCAAACGAGCUCCAGCGCAGUGGAGAGAAAUAUGCUCAACCGAGCAAACACGACACUGACGAAAACAAUCACACACAACACAAGACAAACACAACGAGAAACUUAUAGGAUACUAAUCACGUAAAACAGAAACAGGUGUGACACAAACAGACAAAAGCAAACGAACAUGAAAACAUAAAUCGGUGGCAGCUAGAAUUCCGGAGACGACGAACGCCGAAGCCUGCCCGAACAAGGGAGAGAGGCAGCCUCGGCCGAAACCGUGACACACCUCUAGGCUCCCUGAACAGUGAUUACUGUGAUUACUGUGAUUAGUGUGUGUGUGCGCACCUUUAUUUGUGUCAGCUGUCGUUGCAGUAAUUAAUAAUCUAGUGUGUUACACCGAAGAAGGGCUCAUAUGUCUGAGAGGGCAGUUAAAGUGCUCUAAGUCCUAGUAAGUAGUGUGCUCUACUUAGGGUCCUUAGCCCAACUCUGCACACUGAGAGCAGGGGAGAAACCACCCAGAGAGCCAGCUGAAAAGCAUGGUUACCACGGCACUAAACCCGCCACAGAGCUUGUGAGCCAACCUCCGGUGGCACUCACCAUUGACAUCACAGACCCAACAAUACGUGAAGCCUGAAUAUGCUGAUGAGCUGCAUGCAGCUUUUGUCCCCCUGCCCUGUUUACUGUCUGUUUGCUGAAUGACCCAGGCUUGUUGACCCAGGCUUGUUGACCCAAGCUUGUUGACCCAGGCUUGUUGACCCAGGCUUGUCGACCCAGGCUUGUCGACCCAGGCUUGUCGACCCAGGAAUGUCGACCCAGGCUUGUCGACCCAGGAAUGUCGACCCAGGCUUGUCGACCCAGGAAUGUCGACCCAGGCAUGUCGACCCAGGCUUGUCGACCCAGGCUUGUCGACCCAGGAAUGUCAACCCAGGCUUGUCGACCCAGGAAUGUCGACCCAGGCUUGUCGACCCAGGCUUGUCGACCCAGGAAUGUCGACCCAGGCUUGUCGACCCAGGAAUGUCGACCCAGGCUUGUCGACCCAGGAAUGUCGACCCAGGAAUGUCGACCCAGGCUUGUCGACCCAGGAAUGUCGACCCAGGCUUGUUGA